AUGCUCUAUCUCCAGCACCUGCUUUUGCUUCUCCUGGCUCGGGCGCCCGCCUGCCUGGGCAGACCCUCCUCCUCCCCUGCCCACCUGGAGGCAGGGGGUUCCGAGGGCACACGAGCCCAGGCCCUCAAGAGGCUGCUGGAAGUCUUCGGCAUCGGGGACCCCCCUCAAUCCCCCCAGCACAUCACCCGGCCUCCCCAAUACAUGGUGGACCUCUACAACACGGUGGCAGAUGACGACGGCGUCACCAAGGACCCGGACGUCUUAGAAGGCAAUACGGUGCGCAGCUUUUUGGACAAAACUCACAGUGACCGGAUGCGUUUCCUCUUCAUGCUGUCCAGCGUGGCAAAGCACGAGAGGGUCCUCACAGCCGAGCUGCACCUCUUCAAGCUGCGGGCGAGGGCGGCACACGGACCUCUUCCCAGGAAGCAGCACUUCUGCCAGGUGAGCAUUUAUCAGGUCCUCGACAAAGACAACAUGGAUGUCCCUGAAGGGAAGAAGCUGCUGUCUGCUAAACUCCUUGCCCUGCAGGGAAGUGGCUGGGAGGUCUUCGCCAUCACGCAAGCGGUCCGCUCAUGGAUGGACGAGGAGAGCAGUAACCAGGGACUGUUGGUGACUGUGCGGUCCCUCGGUGGGGCACCCCUGGACGACGGAGCCGUGCAGUUCGCGACGGGCAGAGAUCACCACGAGAGCAAAAAGCCCAUGCUGGUUUUGUUCACUGACGAUGGGCGCCGGGGAGCCUUGCUGCCCACCAACCCUUUCUUAGGCCCCAAAUCCAAUGGCACCCGGACGCCUCGCUCAGUGGACAACCAGCUGCCUUGCCAGAGGCUCCCGCUCUCCGUGGACUUUGACGAAAUCGGGUGGUCCGGCUGGAUCAUCUCUCCCCGGGGGUACAAUGCCUACCAUUGCAAAGGUUCCUGCCCCUUCCCGCUGGGGGAGAACAUGAGGCCCACGAACCACGCCACCGUCCUCUCCAUCAUCAACGCCCUGAAGCUGAGCCAGGAAGUCAGUGGCCCCUGUUGCGUGCCGGACAAGCUGUUCUCCAUCAACCUGCUGUAUUUCGACGAUGACGAAAACGUGGUGCUCAAGCAAUAUGACGACAUGGUGGCGGGGAGCUGCGGCUGCCACUGA